AUGUCCCCAUACCGGCUUGUGUAUGGAAAAGCCUGCCAUCUACCUCUGGAACUCGAGCAUCGCACGUAUUGGGCCAUCAAGUAUCUAAGUAUUGAUCUUCUCCCCGUGAAGGAGAAGCACGCCAAAAGAUUGCUCGAUCUGACUGAAUUCCGAUAUCUUGCAUAUGAAAGCGCAAAACUCUACAAGGAAAGGAUAAAAUUCUAUUAUGACAGGAAGUUGAAGAAGAAAGAAUUCGUUGAGGGAUCCAAGGUUCUUUUAUACGACACUAGGCUCCACUUAUUCCCAGGGAAAUUGAAAUCAAGGUGGACUGGGCCUUAUAUUGUCAGAAAAGUGCUACCAAGUGGAGCCAUAAGGAUCAGCAAUGUGGAUAACCUUAGAGAAAGCGAUUCCUUCCUUGUCAAUGGAGCGAGGCUGAAACCUUAUAUCGAAUGGCCUAUUUUGUAG